AAACCCCAUUUGUUAGGGUCGUCGCGUCACUGGCAGUCAUAAACCGUACCUAUUUCUAGAAUUUAUCUUAUUAAAAUCUCAUUUUAAACGUAACCUUAACCACACUGCUCACCUUGUUUUUACAAUACAGCUAUCUAGCUAGUGGAAACCUAAUUUGAAUGAAGGAUCAACUUCUGACUGUAGCUAGCAACUCAUUUCUAACUGAUUUUUUAGAGAAGAAGAAUCAGUCAGUAUUUUCUUUAAAUAUCGAGGAGCUGAUUAGCACAGUUGUGAACUUGUGCAUGUGAUCAGUUCCAGGAUUACUCGCUUGAUUGGCAAACAAAGACCAUCUUGCAAGUUAGCGUGCUUGACACUGAUAGUAUGGUACCAGCCAACGCCCGGUAGUAACCGUCGCUGUCUAUCUGUUAGGCUUUUUCGUCUCGCACCGUGCUCAUAUUGAGAAUAUUCAUUAUACAGUUAAAACAAGAGAAGGCAUACGAGGACUGACUAAGGCUACUGCUGUCAAAUGAACUGUCUGUCGGACCUCCCCAUAAGUGACAUAGGGAAGUGUGGUAAGUGGAGUGGAUGUCUGAGCCUCGGGUCACUGUGGGGCAUGAUGAGGCAGGGGCCGGGAGAGGGGAGAAAGAAGCUAAAUCGGCACCACUGAAACAGCCCUCCAAUGAAGCCUCCAGGCCUGGACAGCUGGGGCUGCCCCCAGGCUCUCAGCUCCCUUCUACUGAACCGAGCCCCUCCCCGUCUGCUGAAGGAAGCGGCUUGCUGUCGUUGCCGUGGGAGAUGGUGGCUCGCAUCGCCUCGCACCUCUCGGCACAGUGUGUCAUCACGGUCCUGCCACAGGUGUGUCACACCCUGGGAAAUGUGGGUAAGGACAGCACGGCGUGGCAGUUGCGGGCACGCAGGCUAACUGGCCCCAGAGCUUCCUUCCCCGUGGGGCCACGAGAUGGCUUUGACUGGCCCUCGGCCUGCCUGGAGAUGGAGGAGCUGAUCACUUGCUGGACGGGCCAGGGGGAGAGGGCUGCCAGGGAAGCCGAGCAGGCAGAGAGGGAGAGAGAGGUGGAGAGGGCCCAGGAGAGGGAAAGGGAUAGAGAGGCCCUGGCAGAGGAAGGGAUUGGAGAGUGGGAGGAGGUGGAAGAGGGCAGACCCCAAGUGGAUGAAGGGGUAGAUGAAGUGGGUUUUCAAGUGGAGGGCGUGAUGGCGGUAGCAUGGGAUAGGGAGGAGUUGCUAGAGGAGGGAGAUAUGCCGGGAGUUGGGGAGGAGAGGCAGGAGGCUGCAGCCGAGGCCCUGAUAGAGGAGGAGAGAGAUGACGAACAAGGUGUCCUGGAGGCCAUCGAGGUGGAGGAGAGAGUGGGAGUUUUGGCAGAUAGAGACGGUCAAGAUUACAUAGCGGGCCUGAGAUUGGGAAGCGAGGGGGAGAAAAACAGGUCCAGCCGCACUCCCAGUCCUCCCCCAGCCCUGGAGCGCCUCUCCCUCCCCUCGGGGCACAUCGCUGAGGUAAACUCGGUCCUCUUGGUAGGGGGCGAUGGGGCGUUGUGUGCCUCAGGCUCCCGUGACAGGAACGUGAACCUGUGGGACCUAGGGGGAGGGGGCUCCACGGGCAGGCUGCUCCAUACACUGGGGGGCCAGGGCCUCUUCAGCACCCACAAAGGCUGGGUGUGGUGCCUGGCGGCCCGGGGACCCCUGCUGGCCUCGGGCUCCUUCGACAGCACAGUGCGGCUAUGGGACCUGGGGGCCCAAGGAGCUGAGAGGGGCCUAAUCAUGGCCCGGGCUGCCGUGCUCUGCCUGGCCCUCCCCCAGAAGGACAUGCUGCUGGCCGGCACCUACGACAAGAAGGUCAGCGUCUACGACACAAGAGUGGCGGCACCUCUGGUAAAGAGCCUGCGUCUCCAUAGCAACGCGGUGCUGUGCCUGGUAGCGGAUGAGCAGUACAUCCUUUCUGGGAGUAAAGACCGCACUGUGGUCAUCUACGACCGAAGAGCAGGGAAAACCCUACAGAAACUACAGCUGGGCUCCUACCUGCUGUCAAUGUGCUACAGUGACAGUGAGGUGUGGGCGGGGGACAACCAGGGCAUGCUCCAUGCCUUCUCCAUGCAGGCCGGUUUCUUCAAGCCCCUCUCCCAGUUCGACGUGGGACACACCUCACUGGUCACUGGCAUUCACAGGUCCCCUGGGAGCCUCUACACCUGCUCCGCUGACCGCACCAUCAAGGUGCACCUCCCCUGUGCCCCUCCAAGGACGCUGUGCACACUGCACCACCAAGCAGGCGUCAAUGGGUUGAGUGUCGAAGCAGGAGUGCUGGCGAUCGCGUCAGGAGAAAUGUGUGUGGAGGUGUGGAGGGUCAGGAGGUGAGGGGGGCCACACCCACCCUAAUCUACUUACGUUCCUGAAGUGAUGCAAGAUGACUGACGUAUAAUGGUCUGUCAUUUAAAUGAUAUACUUUCUCAUACUGUAUGCUGUGAGAAUGUUGACGUGAAGGACCAGUGCUCUUAGCUUUACCCAAAAAACUAUAUACAAGCCAAACAUAUUUAGUAUGUCUGUGUGAUUCCCAUGUAUUUUAUCAAAGAAAAUAAGAAAAGAACACAAAGGCUUCCUUAACUAAUGUAAAAGGCCUAAGAUAAUAGUACUUCAUGGUGUAGUUCUGUCUGUGUCCCUGUGUUGUUGACCCAGCACUCGUUCAAACGAUUUCACAUAAACUGGAUUUGGGAGUUAAUUUGAGGCACAGCACUACUGAAGGGUUUUAAACACUUGUACAUGAUUUGAUUUUGCAAUGACCUGGUUUUAGCUUGUUAAUUAAAAUGACAUUCCAGACAGUUGGUCUCUAGAAAAUAGAUUAAGUAUUUUUCUCAUUGACAAUUGAAACAGAUUCGGAAACACAAUGGAAAGAAUCAGUCAAGCCGUUCUGACACACUGAUUGUAAAGUAUUUUGGUCGAACUGUCAUAAUGUGUGUAGUGGCGUUCUUCUACUCAGUACCACAGCACUUGUUUGUCAAUUACACUGGUUUGAGUUCUUCCUCUUUGUGAUUCUCUCUUAGGGUAACUACUUUACCAACUCUUAACGUUUUUAUUUAAUUCUGCACUGUUGAGGAAAGCGCUGUACCGUUACACACGUGACAAAAUCAACUUUGAUUUGAAUCUGUAGUGUCCCAGCAUCCACCUCGCUCAAGUGGCUCAUUUGAGUGCAAAACCCAAUAGUACUGCAUUGUUCACUAAUUAUUUGUUACAAGUUUAUUUUAUUUUAUUACACACACUGUCCUUAGCAACAAUCAAUCUCCAUGCCAACUCCUUAUCUGCAACCCUUCUUCACCUGCUGCAAGAGUCCUCUGACUGCAUAGAAAUACCCAAAUGAUUCAGAUUUUGUAAAUAUGCAUUUGUGAAUAUGCAAUGUGUGACUUCUUUUGUUAUGAAUAAAAUGUUUACACUCAAUGAA